AUGGUGUUUACACCCGCAGAGCAACGCCCCGAGCGGAAGGACUACCGUGCCUAUGCGCUAACAGGCUAUAUUUUGGCCUGUGGUCUUCUGAUGAGAGUUCCCAGUUUUACACGCUCUGUCUCGCUAACUGAUGUCCAAUUUCCUUUUUCUAGUCUGGUUUUACUUGUGGCCAUUUCCAGUGCAUUUGAAUUUGGACUCAUUGCUGGGUUGGACCACCGUGAGCUGACUGUUCUGUCUCAGAGAGACCCGGCCAUCAGAGAUAACAGCCUUCGAAACCCGGAAGGACCUGCAGUACAUUCUGGAUCUUUCCAGUUGGUGCCUUCCAUGGAGAUACAGAAUAGUAAGUUGCUUAACAAAACUUGCUGCCUCAAUGGAGGGACCUGCAUCCUGGGGUCCUUCUGUGCCUGUCCACCAUCCUUCUAUGGACGCAACUGUGAACGUGAUAUACGGAAAGAGCACUGUGGGUCUGUUCUCCAUGGCAACUGGCUGCCCAAGAAGUGUUCCCUGUGCAGGUGUUGGCAUGGCCAGAUCCACUGUUUACCUCAGACCUUUUUACCUGGCUGUGAUGGCCAUGUGAUGGACCAGGAUCCUCCAGCAUCCAGGACUCCAGGACAAGCACCAUCUAUGCCAGCUACUCUCAUGCUAGCUGGCAUUUGCCUUUUCCUAGAAAUGAAAGUGUAGGCGUCAUAUGAAUUCAAUGCCAGUGUCCUAACAAAGGGGUCAUUUGUCAUUCAUUUAAAGGUAAUACUCAUAGUGAUGCCUGACACUCCCCUCAAAACACUAACUA